AUGGCGUGCCAAGCGGCCGGCGAGGAGCUGCCGCGCCCCUGCUGCAAUGGCUACAGCGAGCUGGCGCCGGCCGACACGCGCCGGGCUGUGCUGCAGGAUCGCCCGGGGAAGCACAGGCGCGAGGAGGCGGCCGAGGGCGGCGCGCUGCCUGCCUUGGAGGACGCCUACCUGAGCAUCCUGGAGGGGCUGGGGGAGAACCCUGCCAGGCAGGGGCUGCUCCAGACGCCCAGGAGGGCUGCCAAAGCCAUGCAGUUUCUCACGAAAGGCUACCAAGAAACCAUCGAGGAUAUACUCAAUGAUGCAAUCUUUGAUGAAGACCAUAAUGAAAUGGUGAUCGUUAAGGAUAUUGAUAUGUUUUCCCUUUGCGAACACCACUUGGUACCCUUCUUUGGCAAGGUACAUAUUGGAUACUUACCUAUAAAGAAAGUGGUUGGACUAAGCAAGCUUGCAAGAAUUGUUGAAAUCUUUAGUCGAAGACUGCAAGUUCAAGAGAGGCUUACCAGACAGAUUGCUCUGGCAAUUACUGAGGCUCUGAAACCUGCCGGAGUGGCUGUGAUUGUAGAAGCAUCGCACAUGUGCAUGGUUAUGCGAGGAGUUCAGAAAAUGAACAGCAGGACUGUCACCAGCACCAUGCUCGGAGUCUUGCGAGAAGAUCCAAAAACCAGAGAGGAAUUUCUUACACUGAUCAAGAAUUAAAUGGAAACAGCUUCCCACUCACUGUUUGUUGGCUCUAACAGUAAAACUAAUUGCCAGAAACUAAUUACCAUGUGUGAUGCAGGACUGUUUGCAGAGUCUGUGUAUUAGAAAUAGCUGUGUGACAGCUUGGUUCUCACUAGUGCCUUGUAAUGUCAUAAAAUAUUUGGUAGAGAAUGAAUGUGCCUAAAUCACAAUUACUGAACUGAAAAGUGAUUAGCUGUUUCCCAAUACUAACAAUAGAGUGCUAUGGAAAGAUGUUGCUAGAUGGGAGCUAAAACAAGCCCCCCUCCAAAACAAACAAACAAACAAAAAACAAAAAAAACAAGCUGCCACAGAAAGGUGAAAUUAAGCAUAAAGUCCUGUGGCCUUUAUGACUCAUUCUUCAGCCCCUUUGUGUUCCUUGUAUUAGACAAAGGGGUCAGAA